AUGCCCAAGAGGAAGGUCAGCUCAGCCAAAGGUGCAGUGAGGGAGGAGCCCAAGCACAGGUUGGCGUGCCUGUCUGCUAAGCCUGCUCCAGCCAUGGCAGAUGCCAAUCCCAGGAAGGUGGCGGGCAAGGAUAAAUCUUGUGACAAAAAAGUUCAAACAAAAGGGAAAAGGGGAACAAAGGGAAAACAGGCUGAAGAGACUAACCAAGAAACAAAAGAAGAUUUGCCUGCUGAAAAUGGAGAAACUAAAAACGAGGAGAGUCCCGCCUCUGUUGAAGCAGAAGAGAAAGAAGCCAAGUCUGAUUAA